AUGGGUGUGCCUAUGGUAAAUAAAUGCUGUUUUUGCGGGAGUCUGCACACUGGCACGUUGAUUAUUGGGUACCUGUAUUCAGUUUGGGCACUUCUGGAACUCACAAUCUACUGCCUCCUAGUCACAUUGGCGCCACUUGGGAAAGAUGGUAACGUUUCCACCCACAAGCUGGUGCUAUUCAUCACUGCAGCAACCGUGAGCGGAGUUCACCUCAUCAGUUCUGUACUCCUGGUAGUGGCCGCUUAUAAGACACUGCCCUUCCUAACACUGCCAUGGACGAUAGUAACUGGUAUCAUCACGGCGCUGUAUUUCCUCAUGUCCUUUACAGGCAUAAGUCUCAUACUCCAAGACGAGGGUAUGUUGCUAGAGGUGGAAAUACUCAUUGUUGUGGUGCAUCUCCUCAGGUCUUGUAUUUCGGUGUACUGCAUAGUGGUGGUUCACAGUCGGCAUAAACAGAUCAUGAAUGAAGAAGACGAAAGCAGAUUUCAGCAUUCUGGAAGAAUCUAUCAUGCUGUGAAGAGCGACGAUCACGCUAUUUAG